UUAAAUACUUUUUUCUAGAUUAAUGAUUGGGCGAUUAUUGACUAUAUUUCUAUUCUGAAUUGCCUACUACUUUUGUACUAUUAAUUACUAAGUAAAGAAUUAAUAAAGUAUACAUUUUCAUUUAGUCCUACACUUCUACUCAAUUUAUUUUUCAUAUAUAUUUAAUUCAUUUCAAAAUGACAGAAAACAAAGAAUCAAAAGAAACAAAAUUUAAAGAAUUGGUAUCCUACAGUGAACCGGCCCUUCGUAACAAUUCAUCAGUUGUUGAAUAUUGUCGUACAUCAAUGUCUGCCUUAUCUGGGUGUACUGCUGGCAUUCUCGGUUUAACUGGACUAUCUGGAUUUGUAUUUUACAUAUUUUCUGUUUUAGCAUUAUGGGGUUUGUUAUUGUUCAAAGCAGGAAACUUUUGGCAAAAAUAUUUCCUCAAUAGACAUAGUCUAUUAACAGGAGGAUUCUUCAGUGGACUUUUUACAUAUGUACUAUUUUGGACAUUUUUAUAUGGUAUGGUACAUGUUUAUUAAUUUAAUAUUUUUUAUGUAUUCUUAUGAUUUUUGUUUUUAAGUCUGAAAUAUAUUAUGUAUCUUAGAUGUAUUAUGCUACAAAAAUAAAUAAUAAAAACAAAUUGUUUUAUAAGGUAUUAUAAUAAUCAUGUUUAAUAAAUUGUAUUGUAAUAAUAAUUUAAUAAUAUAUAAUAAUAAUAAUAAUAAUAAUAAUAAAUUAUCACUAAUUUAACAACAUGAAAGUAAUUUUUAUUAAGUAACCAUUUAUGGUAAUUAAUUUUUGGUUAGGUAUGGUAUAUUAUAUAAUAGAAUUAAUGUUGUAAAUAAUAAAAUUUAAAACAGUCAAUCAUUACUUAAUUAGUCUAAAUUCUACAUUAGAACACCAGCCUUAAAAAAUCAAUAUUUAACAAUAUUUUUGAGACCUAACAGCUAUGUAAUAAACAAUUAUUUGAGGUCAUAUAGUUCACCGGAUCCAGUUUUUGUAUUGUCUGUUUGGCCAUCAUCAUUGUUCUUGACAAUCUCGUACUCUUGUAAUUCUGCCUCCAACUCAUUUUCCCAAUGUUCUUCUACAAACCGGGUCCGAAAAUUUU